CAGUCCAGACUCUGUAACUCAAUAUUCAAGUCACCCAAACUGUAUUCUCUCUCAGGCUCAUUUGCCACAUUUGUUUUAAAAGAAAAACAAGAAAUAGCAGAGUAGAGGGAGAGGAUUUAGCUAAAUGAUCUCAAAUAUCCCUUAUAGCAAAAUUCUAUUGGGUUGAGUAAAGGCCAUUUAAUUUCACCAUAUAUAUCUAUGCACAGCGAACCAGACUGGUAUUUUAUUUUUGAACUAAGAAUGUUAGUACUUAAAAAGGAAAAAUCAACCAUGAACCCAUCUGUAGCUCUAACAUUAGGAAUUCAGAUUGGAGUAUAUUUAGCCUCUGGAGUUUAAAGCAAGCCCUUAACCUGAGCCCCUGCCUACAUGUUAUAAUUUGGCUAAUUUGUCAUAAAGUAGUUUCAUCUUUGACAAGAAGGCAAAAUCAUUUUACUAAUAUUUUUAUGCACUUCCAGAAUUACCUCUAAUUGGAGACCUUGUAAGUACUGAUGGCAUCUCAGGCAGAAAUGAUAGAAUUUUAUCCUUCCUUGGGCUUUUUUUUUUUCUAUGAACUAUAACCCCAACUGUUAGAAAUGCAAGUUAUUUGGGACACCCUCAAAAGGUUCACUUAAAACAGACUGCCAGAGGGCUUGCAUGACAAAAUAGAAAAAUUAAUUCUAAAUGAAAGCAAAACACAGAGUAGCCUCCAAGUUGGCAAGAGAAGUUAUCAUGAUCAUUUAGUUAUUUAAGAGCAGAAUGAAGGAGAUGGAGAAAUGUUUUUGUAAUGUCUCAAGAUUGGGGUGGUUUUAGUCAUCGUUUCUUUGCUGGGUGCAUCUUAUAAAAAUAUAUUUAUGAGGAGGGGCCCUACAAAUUUCCAGCCUGUACAGAGCUUUGCAACCUUACUGCCCAUUAUCUCAUUAUGGCAUUGGAGGUGUAGCAGGCUAAGUCAUUAGAUCAGAACCUGGAAAAUCAGGAAGAUAAACUGGAACAAAUUAUUUUCUUAAAGCAAGUGGUUAAUCAAAGGCAGAAAACUUGUCACCUAGAAUUUCCUUGUACACUCUGCCAAGGGAUGGGCUGGUUUGGGUCCAAGAACAGGAAGGGAGAACUCAGAUGGAGCUGGGGAACAGAAAUGGGGGCAAAUUCCCAAAUGCAGAAUCCAAGACAAAGGGGAAAGGCCUACAGUAAGUCAGCAUUUCUCAAGGUGAGUCCAGGUGAGGGGUGCGUUUACCUAACGCGGCUGGCUGGAAGCCCGGAUUCGCCUAGGCACGGUUCCCGCCAGUGGAUCCUCUGCACAUAGCAGCCUCUUGGGUGUCAGCGAGCAAAAUCGCCGUUUAAUCUCCGCUCCCGCUGGAUUAAUUAGGGCCUCCUUAAAACAGAAAGUUGGGCGCCGGAGGCUUCUUUCCUGGAAUACUGGGUGGUCCACACUCCUCUAGCUCAGCUGGACGCCCCUCGCCAGGCACUAUUAGACACAGGGUCCCGGGAGACUUGAGUGCCUCUCCCUAAACCUCAGCCGGGUCCCAGGACCUCCUGGUGAUCAGCGUCUCUCCGGGUCAACAGAGUCAGGUUCCAGGCCCGGCCACUUUCCUCCUGUGUCCCAGCCCUCAGCUGGGGGCUAGCGGCCGGGUUGAGGGGCGGGGCGCGCAGGGGAGGCCGAGGCCGCGCGCUAUUCUUGUCACUGUGAGCUACCGGCUUGUUAUGUUCAGCACCCAAUCACGCCUGCGACCCGCCGCGUAGAUCCGCACCCCCCCGUCCCGCCCUAAUCCCCAAGGCUUUGAUUUGAUCCUCGGCGCAGAAUAAGCUCACUACUACCAGCCCCGUAGCCAGUAGUCCCAGGUCCCCGCGGAUGCCCGCAGAACCCGUCAUCCUUGACCACACACCAGAGGUCAGAGCCCUCGCUUCAUACUCCCGGGACGCCCCGAGGCAGGCCACAUCUGCGCAUCUCGGCCGUCGGAGAUCCAGCACCCCCGGGAGUCGGUGUACAAGCAAGUUGGCCCUUCCAGGUGAUGGUGCGAGGCCUCUGCGGCCCCUGGCGCACAGGUGUGCGCUCCCCAAACUGGGCCGGGGAGGGUGCUUUGGGCAACGUGCUGGCAACCUCCGCAGCCGCAGAAACCAAACCUUGCACCCCCGCGGAAGACUCCAAACACCGUGCCCUCCACUACCAAGGGCUUCUGGAAUCCGUUCCCCAAACGAAUUGGCUGUGAGAGGGAUAUUCGGACCUGUGAACUUGGAUGAAGGACCCCUCCCGUUUAAGCUGAGCAGGAAAAACAAAAUGGGACUCUGCUAGGGCCCCUGAGUCUCGUGCAUACUGCCUGAAGAUGCCUCCGGAGGCGCCUGGCUGGCCCCACCCCCCACCCGGCCGCUUCCCGCCCUGGACAUCAUGAGUUACUUCCUGUCUUACUGCAAAGCUCAUGGCAGCGCGCUGCUCACCGGCUACCAGGCCCUACGCGCCGAGGGCUUUCUGUGCGACGUCACUUUGGAGGCCGAGGGCACGGAGUUCCCGGCGCACAGGUCUCUCCUCGCGUGUUCCAGCGACUAUUUCAGGGCCCUGUUCAAAAGCCACACCCAGGAAUCCCGGGCACGGGUAAUCCACCUGCACGUACCAUCGGCGGCUGGCCUGCAGCGUGUGCUGGACUUUAUCUACACCGCCUGGUUGCCGCUGUCUGUGGACACCGUCGAAGAUACGCUGGAGGCCGCCAGCUACCUGCAGGUCACCGAGGCCCUGGGGUUGUGCGGCCGCUACUUGCAGCGCUUGCUGGCCCCGGAGAACUGUUGCUUCGCCGCCAAUGUGGCGACGCGUUUCGGUCUGGCGCAUACGCUGGACGCAGCUGAGCGCUAUAUCGUGCGUCACUUGCCCGAGCUCUUGGCUCGGGGUGCGGACCCCGUGGGACUGUUGGAGCUUAACCCUGCGUCACUGAGGGCCGUGCUGGGUGCUCCCGACGUGGCACGGGUGCCAGAGGCCCAGCUGCUGGGCCUGGCGCUGGCCUGGCUGCGACAGGAACCCAAGGCCGAACGACUGGCCCACUGCACCGCGCUGCUGGAGCGUGUCCGCUUCGGCCUGGUGCCUGCCGACGUGCUGCGGCGUGUGUACUCGGGCUCCGGCCUCGCGCUGCCUGCCCGUGUCAAAGGCCUCAUCAUCCAGGCCCUCAACUACCACACGGCGCCCUCCCGCCAGCCGCUACUGCAGGGCGAGCAGACCAGCGUCCGGAGCCCGCAAACCCGCAUCUUAUUGGUCGGGGGAUGCAGGGCCCGGGAGGCGGUGACAGAAGAGGUUGCAGCCCCCCAAGGGGCAGCCAGGGGCAGGGGCGCCGUUCUGGUGCCAGAGGAGGAGGAAGAGGAGCAGUUGCAGGAGGAAGAGGAAGAGGACGUGGAGUGGGAGCUCACCCAGGACGUGGUGGCUUUCGACGUGUACAAUCACCGCUGGCGAAGCCUCACGCGGCUCCCCGAACCACUAGUGGGGCACAGUGUGUGCGUGGCGGGCAACUUCCUGUUCGUCCUGGGCGGGGAGAGCCCUUCGGGUGAUACCUCCGCUCCCCAGGCCGACAGCCCGCGGGCAGUCACGGGCCAAGUACACCGUUACGACCCGCGCUUCCACGCUUGGACGACAGUGCCCGCUAUGCGGGAAGCGCGGGCCCACUUCUGGUGUGGCGCCGUGGGGGAAGGGCUGCUGGCCGUCGGGGGCGUGGGCGCAGGCGGCGAGGCUCUGGCCUCGGUGGAGAUGUACGAUUUGCGCAGGGACCGCUGGACUGCGGCUGGGGCGCUGCCGCGGGCCCUGCACGGUCACGCAGGGGCUGUCGGGGACCGCGGUAUCGUGUACAUCUCUGGGGGCAAGUCAGGGAGAGGCGAGGGCGGCGCGAGCAGCCUCAAGGAGUUGUACUCCCUGGGCCCCGGGGACCCGGCCUGGAGCAAGAGAGCGCCUAUGGGCACGGCCCGCUUUGGGCACCACAUGGCUGCACUUCGGGGUGCGGUGUUUGCCUUUCUGGGACGCUACGAGCCCUUCUCUGAGAUUGAACGCUACGACCCCGGUACCGACCAAUGGACUCGGCUGCGGCCGCUGCCCUACGACCGCUUCUGCUAUGGGCUGGCAGUUGUGGAGGAGACAGCGCUGCUGCUGGGGGGCGUCAAGUGGCGGGACUCGCGCCAGGUGCCUACCCGAAACGUGGUAGGCUAUGACCUCGACCUGGACCGCUGGGAGGACAUCGGCUGCGCGCUGCCCUGGGCCUGGAGUGGCCUGCAGUGCGCAGUGCUGCAGCUGGCUGAGGGUGGGGACGAGGAGAGGGAGGGAGAGAGCAGAGAGACUCCAGAUUUAGUGUUGGGCUUAAUGGGUUAGGGCAGUCUCGGAGCAACUGUGGGCUUUUCCUAAGAACGAGACUGGGAACUGAGUGGCUUCUGAAGGUUGAGGAGGCAGUAUGCGUUUGGUCCAACAGGCACAUUUCCCUUUAAGCUGAGAAGGGAAGACAGCAGGGGUCAAAUAGAAGGAUACAUGAAUCAGCUUCAGUGAGCUGGGGAUUUGUAGAAAUUCUCAUUGCUGGGCUAGAGAUGGACUUCCAAAAAUAAAAUAUGACCUUAUUUUCCUUCAUAUUGUUAAAGUAUUUCCCUACCUGCUAAAUAGUGAUUACAUUUGUGCCGAACAAACAGCCAAAAAAUGUACCAUAAGAAGUUAUAUAUAAGACCCAGAAAAUUAUUAGCUAUAAAGGCUGUAAUAAAUAGUCCUAGAAGACAGCAUUAUCUGAAUAAAUAGUGAAGGGAAAGUGUCUUGGUUAAAUAGCAUGAAAUCAUUGCAAGGAGAAGUAUGAUUUUAUGGUCCAGAACUGUGGUUCUGUUCUGGUUUAAUCUGAAUUUGGAGCAUGAAAAGGGAAAAGAUCUCUAAGAAAGCACCUUUAAUUUUUUAAUAAAAAUAACCUAGGCUAAGUUUUUCUGUCUCUCAUCCUUACUUACCCCUUGUCUGCAUUUUUCCUGACUUUAGGCAGCACACUGCUUUUAAGUUAUAUUUCAGCAACCUUAGCCAUAAUAAUCAGUCUUGUUGGUUAAGUGGAAUAUCUAACAAAAUCAAAAUCCUAUUUCUUUUAUCCUCAUUGAAUAUUCAUUCUGCAGACAUGCUGUAGGUUACAUUAAAAAAAAUCACGAACCUAUUUUUGGUGGCUCCUCCCUUCUCCAAUUUCCCCAAAGAGUCACAGAGAAAGGAAAGAGGAGUAGGUGAAAUGUUCAAGUUCGCAUCAGGGAAAUGGAAAGCCAGCUUGAUUUUACAGGGACUCAGAGAAGAUGCUUGUAUCCUGAACAGGGGCUUCUUCUGGGUUGUACCAGCAAUGGAGUAGCGCAGUUAGAACCUGUAAGGAAGGAUGGUGGCUGUGUGAUUGCAUCACAAAAACAUGUGGUCAGGACUCUGCAUGAAUAAAGUAG